GUGUGUGUGUGUUUUUUUUGUUUUUUUUUUAUCCAUAAUCUUGGAUUUUAAGAGUCGUAUGUUUACCUGGACCAAGUUUCCCAUUGUCUUGUUUAUAGCCUUGCGUUACUGGCAACAACGUCAAUCUCACAUCGGGAGGGCGGGACCUCUAAGGAAACAGCCAAUCGGUGCGCAGAUCUUGAGACGCGUAAAAGCAAAGGAGCGCACCGGCCGCUGCCAGUAAUAAGGAAACUGAGGUGAAGUUAAGACACACGGAGCAGAGGAAGAGGAAUGAAAACGUCUGAAUAAAUCUCUGGACUCCGCUUUGAAUCCAUCUAAAGGUACAAACCGACGACUUGGUACAGUACAGUUCCCAUAUUUUGGAAGUUUUGCUGUUUUUCAUAGCUUUAAAUAAAUACAGCGGGACUUUGCGCUGGAGAUUGGCACAUUUGGGACACAGCAGCAUCGUUUGCAGCGCACUCUUGUAUUUGACUGUCUUUUUUUUUUUAAACAAAACAAAAAAAAACUCAAUAUGUCCACAAUAAUGGAACAACCUUUUUAUGACGACUCGUUUCUCUCUGCUUAUGGCCAUCCAGGCGCAGCCCUGCCAGACUACAAGCUGCUAAAGCAGAAUAUGAACUUGAACUACUCCGAUUCAUAUCAGAACUCGAGCUUCAAGGCACAGCACCUGCGCGCGGACACUGAUUUCUACCCGAGCGCGGACGUGGGCUCUCUGAAGCUCGCCUCUCCUGAACUCGAGCGGCUGAUCAUCCAGAGCAGCAGCGGGGUCAUAACCACACCGACCCCGGCCCCGUACCUUUACAACCGCGGCAUCACAGAGGACCAGGAGGUGUUCGCGGACGGCUUCGUCAAAGCGCUGGACGAUCUUCACAAGAUGAACCAGAUGGCGCCUCCGAACGUCUCCAUCAGCGCCGGCGGGAUGCCCUGCCAGGCUCCGGCGGCUGUUUUUGCCCACUCCAUGCAGACGGAAGCUCUGGAGUACACCAACCUGAGCAGCUGUCCCACCAACCCCAGCCUGACCUCUGCAGCCAGCUACCCGUCCACAACCAUCAGCUACCUACCGCACCACCAGUUCCACCAGCAUCCCCAGGCGAUGGCGCACGGCUCGCAUCACUUCCAGCACUCCCUGCCCGGAGCCGGCGUUCACUCGCAGCGCUUCGGCGGGUUAAAGGAGGAGCCGCAGACGGUGCCCGACAUGCAGAGCAGCGAUAAUAGCUCCCCGCCGAUGUCUCCCAUCAAUAUGGAGAACCAGGAGCGGAUCAAGGCGGAGCGCAAGCGGCUGAGGAACCGGCUGGCGGCUUCCAAGUGUCGGAGACGCAAACUGGAGCGCAUCGCCCGGUUGGAGGACAAGGUGAAGGUGCUGAAGACGGAUAACGCAGGACUAUCAAACACGGCCUCCCUGCUGAGGGAGCAGGUGGCCCAGCUCAAACAGAAAGUCAUGACUCAUGUGAGCAGUGGCUGCCAGCUCAUGUUAGCGCCGAAGGUGAAGUCUUUCUGAAGAUAAAUAUAUAUAAAAAAUGCACUUUUUAUUGAACACUGGACAGAAAAAGAAAAAAAACUGCACUGAAAAACAGACUUUAUAUGUGGCUCAAAUAGAGCCACAAGAGAACUCUUACAACCUGCCUAAAAAAAUAAAACCAAACACUUUGGGGCAUUUUUGAAACUUUUUUUUUUUAAAGUGUCGUCUUGGCUCUCCCUGUUUACAUUUGUUUGCCAUUUGUGAUGCUUUUUACGUGUAUAAGUUAUUUGUGAUUAUUUGGUUUUCUACCUGUACAGCAGUAUUUAAGUAAAAGUAACGUGUAAUUAAAAAUGACAAGCUGCUUUCUUUUGAAAAA